CUCCUUUCCUUCCGCUUUGCUUCCCUUUUGGCCCCAGCGACUCGCCAUAGCCCGUGUAGAGGCAUUCGCUAGUUGGCGUGAUGGCUACUGGGGCGCCAGAUUCUCAAGCGCGGUUCGGUCAGUCCGUAAAGGGGCUUCUCACGGAGAAAGUGAACACCUGUGGUACUGACGUGAUCGCGCUCACCAAGCAGGUGCUGAAGGGGUCCCGGAGCUCCGAGCUGCUAGGUCAAGCAGCUCGAAACAUGGUACUACAGGAAGAUGCCAUCUUGCAUUCCGAAGAUAGUUUAAGGAAAAUGGCGAUAAUAACAACACAUCUUCAGUAUCAGCAAGAAGCUAUUCAGAAGAAUGUUGAACAGUCAUCAGAUCUACAAGACCAGCUGAAUCAUCUGUUGAAAUAAAAUGGCAUAUAAAUGGGCAAUAGCACUUCCUUCGCCUAAUGCUGAGGAAGAAAUAGCAUACACAACCAUUAUGCUUUGGGUUUGGCUUUUUAUUUUCUUCUCUAAAAGUUAAGUUUUCAAAGAUUUGUGUUGAUGUAAAGUUUCUCUGGGAAAGAAACAGAGACCUCUGUUGGAAACACUGUUGAAUCGGACUUACCCAUGCUCUUAUUGAAGUUUUUAAGUUGCUCUGUUUAAUUGUUUAAAUUAAAAGACAUCUUAGUUUUUCUGAAAGAAUUUUUUAGACAGUAUGUUGCUAUAUUGUGCAGGCUGAUCUGGAACGCCAGGCCUCAAGCAGUCUUCCUGUCUCAGCCUCCCUAGUAGCCAGGAUUAUAGGUUCCAGCCACU